CGAACAAAAAAUCUGGAGCUUCUCUCUUUCGUUUAUCUUCAAUUCACCAACAAUCUGCAGGCACUAUGACACACAGAUAGAAAUGGUUUCCACUGCUUCCUCACUAUCAAUUACAGCUUCUCUGCAAGCCUCAUCGUCAUCAUCAUGGUCAAAGUCAUCUCUUUUCACUGGACUUCCACUUACCAUUUCACCUGCUACCCGAACAACCGGUAAACAAUUAGUCUCUUCAAAGUCACUCGUUGUCUUCUCAAAGAAGAUUUCCGGGUUACAAGAGGCCAUGAGAAUCAGGAGAGAACGGGAGCUUCUUCAAAGUAACGUAAAGCUGAGAAAGAGGCUGCCAUUAAGACGUGGAAGAGUAUCGCCACGUCUUCCUGUACCUGAAGACAUACAAAAGCCACCUUAUGUAGGUUCGAACAUAUUACCGGAACUCUCUAGCGAGCAUCAAUUUCAUGAUUCUGAAGGUAUUGCUAAAAUGACAGCUGCUUGUGAACUCGCAGCUCGCGUAUUAAAUGCCGCUGGUAAAUUAGUUAGGCCUUCGGUGACAACAAAUGAGAUAGACAAAGCAGUGCAUCAAAUGAUAAUAGAGGCAGGUGCAUAUCCUUCACCCCUCGGAUAUGGAGGAUUUCCUAAGAGUGUUUGUACUUCAGUUAAUGAGUGUAUGUGUCAUGGCAUACCUGAUUCUCGUCAGCUACAGGAUGGUGACAUUAUCAACAUUGAUGUGACUGUUUACUUAAAUGGAUAUCAUGGUGACACAUCAAAGACAUUUUUGUGCGGUAACGUGAGUGAUUCUCUUCAGCGUCUUGUGAAGGUGACUGAAGAGUGCAUGGAAAGAGGAAUAGGUGUUUGCAAGGAUGGUGCUAGUUUCAAGAAAAUAGGAAAGAGAAUUAGUGAGCAUGCUGAAAAAUACGGUUAUGGUGUGGUGGAGCGUUUUGUUGGGCAUGGUGUUGGAACCGUGUUUCACUCUCAGCCAAUAAUAUUGCAUCACCGGAAUGAUAUGCCCGGUACGAUGGUUGAAGGUCAAACAUUUACCAUUGAACCGAUUCUUACGAUGGGAAGCAUCGAAUGUGUAACAUGGCCUGACAACUGGACGACUUUAACAGCUGAUGGCAGCCCUGCUGCACAAUUUGAACAUACUAUUUUAAUUACCAGAACUGGUGCAGAAAUUUUGACAAAAUGCUGAAAUAAUGUUAAUUAUUGUGAUUUUGGCCUCCAUAUCAUUUCAGAUAUUAUACAUUUUUGGCAAAGCUGCAAAAGCCCUUUCCAAUUCAAA